GCACCGCAUCAGCCUGCUCAACCCUUUAAAUUUACAAUUUCCGAAUCCUGUGAUCGGAUUAAGGAAGAGUUUCAGUUUUUGCAGGCUCAAUACCACAGUCUGAAACUGGAAUGCGAGAAACUAGCCAGUGAGAAGACGGAGAUGCAGCGGCAUUAUGUCAUGUAUUAUGAAAUGUCCUAUGGGUUGAAUAUAGAAAUGCACAAGCAGGCAGAGAUUGUCAAGAGGCUGAAUGCUAUCUGUGCACAAGUCAUUCCUUUCCUGUCUCAGGAGCACCAGCAACAAGUGGUGCAGGCUGUGGAACGGGCCAAGCAGGUGACCAUGGCAGAACUGAACGCCAUCAUUGGGCAGCAACAACUCCAGGCCCAGCAUUUAUCACAUGGACAUGGUCUUCCGGUACCUCUGACUCCACACCCUUCAGGGCUUCAGCCCCCUGCCAUUCCACCCAUUGGAAGCAGUGCUGGUCUUCUGGCCCUAUCUAGUGCCCUGGGAGGUCAAUCCCACCUUCCAAUUAAAGACGAGAAGAAGCACCAUGACAAUGAUCACCAAAGAGACAGAGACUCCAUCAAGAGCUCUUCGGUAUCCCCAUCAGCCAGUUUCCGAGGUGCUGAGAAGCACAGAAAUUCCACAGACUACUCCUCUGAGAGCAAAAAGCAGAAAACUGAAGAAAAGGAAAUUGCAGCUCGUUACGAUAGUGAUGGCGAGAAGAGUGAUGACAACUUGGUGGUUGAUGUUUCCAAUGAGGAUCCAUCUUCCCCUCGAGGGAGCCCAGCACAUUCCCCGAGAGAGAAUGGCCUUGAUAAGACACGCCUGCUCAAGAAAGAUGCCCCAAUCAGCCCAGCCUCUAUUGCAUCUUCCAGCAGUACUCCUUCCUCCAAAUCCAAAGAACUUAGCCUUAAUGAAAAAUCUACUACUCCUGUUUCAAAGUCUAAUACCCCUACUCCACGAACUGAUGCGCCCACCCCAGGCAGUAACUCCACUCCCGGACUGAGGCCUGUACCUGGAAAACCACCAGGAGUUGACCCCUUGGCCUCGAGCCUAAGGACCCCAAUGGCAGUACCUUGUCCAUAUCCAACCCCAUUUGGGAUUGUGCCCCAUGCUGGGAUGAACGGCGAGCUGACCAGCCCUGGAGCCGCCUAUGCUGGGCUGCACAACAUCUCCCCACAAAUGAGUGCUGCCGCAGCUGCCGCCGCCGCAGCCGCCGCCUAUGGGAGGUCACCAGUGGUGGGAUUUGAUCCACAUCAUCACAUGCGCGUGCCAGCAAUACCUCCAAACCUGACAGGCAUUCCCGGAGGAAAACCAGCAUACUCCUUCCAUGUCAGUGCAGAUGGUCAGAUGCAGCCUGUCCCCUUCCCCCCUGACGCCCUCAUUGGACCUGGAAUUCCCAGACACGCUCGCCAGAUCAACACACUCAACCACGGGGAGGUGGUGUGUGCGGUGACCAUCAGCAACCCCACGAGACAUGUGUACACAGGUGGGAAGGGCUGCGUCAAGGUCUGGGACAUCAGCCACCCUGGCAAUAAGAGUCCUGUCUCUCAGCUUGACUGUCUGAACAGGGAUAACUACAUCCGUUCCUGCAGAUUGCUCCCUGAUGGUCGCACCCUAAUUGUUGGAGGGGAAGCCAGUACUUUGUCCAUUUGGGACCUGGCAGCUCCGACCCCGCGCAUCAAGGCAGAGCUGACAUCCUCAGCCCCCGCCUGCUACGCCCUGGCCAUCAGCCCUGAUUCCAAGGUCUGCUUCUCGUGUUGCAGCGACGGCAACAUUGCUGUGUGGGACCUACACAACCAGACGCUGGUGAGGCAAUUCCAGGGCCACACAGACGGAGCCAGCUGCAUUGACAUUUCUAAUGAUGGCACCAAGCUCUGGACAGGCGGUCUGGACAACACAGUCAGGUCCUGGGACCUGCGGGAAGGGCGGCAGCUGCAGCAACAUGACUUCACCUCACAGAUCUUUUCUUUGGGCUACUGCCCAACCGGAGAGUGGCUUGCAGUGGGGAUGGAGAACAGUAACGUGGAAGUGUUACAUGUCACCAAGCCAGACAAAUACCAGCUACAUCUUCACGAGAGCUGUGUGCUGUCGCUCAAGUUUGCCCACUGUGGCAAAUGGUUUGUAAGCACUGGAAAGGACAACCUUCUGAAUGCUUGGAGGACACCUUAUGGGGCCAGUAUAUUCCAGUCCAAAGAAUCCUCAUCGGUGCUUAGCUGUGACAUCUCUGUGGAUGACAAAUACAUUGUCACUGGUUCUGGGGAUAAGAAGGCCACAGUUUAUGAAGUUAUUUAUUAAGGACAAAUCUUCAUGCAAACUGGACUCCUUCUCCUUGUAGCACUUUGCUCCGUCAUCCUUUCUGUUCACCCCCUACCCCGCAUCUAAAACCAAGGAUUUCAAAUACUCAUUGCAGUCAUGGAGUUUAAUCCCCUUCCUUAACCCCAUUUCCUACUUGCUGUUGAAUUGUGAAUACUCAUUAAGAAUCUGUGAUACCAAAUCUUCAGCUAUCUACUUGGAAGAACAUGGCAUAAACAUACUUAACAGUGAACGGAAACUUUAAUUAUGUAUUAUAUCUGUAAUAUAUUUAUUUUGUUUAAAGAAGGCUUUCUAACAAUGACUGACUAAAUAAAGCUGUCUGCUCCUGCAUUGAUAA